CUCAUGAGUCUGAGUCAUUUUAAACAACCGCGUCUACAAAAUCCUGAGUUUACAAGCCAGUAACCUCUGCCCUGUCAGCCCUGUCUACUUUUGUGUCACAUUGUAACGACUCCUGGUAAAAAAAAACUAUAGUUAAAUAAAAUCCAUUUUCUUUAUUAUUCUUUUUUCGUACGCGUCCCCCAGCCCCAGUAUAUACUCAGCAGUUCGUGUACAGUACGUAGCUAGUGUACUUCAUAAAACAAGUAUUCAAUUCUAGACAACAAAUUUUAAAAAAACACUUUUUUUAAAAAUAUGUCACAAUGAAUUUAUUAUACGUAAUUUUAUUAACGGCUUUAGCCGUUACCACUGCCUAUGAUUACGAAUGUAAUACACCAUUAUUAGAUCGAGCUCAACUCCAUGCAACUUCUUAUAUGAAAGAUCGUGAACCUCAACAAGCACGACUUUACAGCAAGAGUGCGUGGACACCGAGUGAUAAUUCGUACAAUCAACACUUAACACUGGAUUUGGGUGAUAGAUUUGAGAUAAGAAGUAUCCAAACUCGUGGGCGUGCUAACACUAGAGAAUUUGUUACCGAAUUUAUUGUUGAGUACUCAGACGACGGUCAAGCUUGGACUAGUUACGAAAGUCAAGAUGGUGUUGAAGAGAUGUUCAAAGGUAACGUAAAUGCUGAGUCUAUUAAAUUAAAUAGAUUUGAAGUACCUAUAAUUGCUCAAUGGAUUCGUAUUAAUCCAACAAGAUGGCAAGAUCGUAUUUCCAUGCGCCUGGAAUUGUUCGGAUGCGAGUAUGUUUCCGACGUAAUGCACUUCAAUGGAACCUCAUUAAUCCGACAGGACUUGGUCCGCGAGCCUAUAGAAACCGAUCGUCAUGCGAUGCGGUUCCGGUUUAAGACGAAUCAUGCCGACGGUGUCCUCGUCUACUCGCGGGGUACACAGGGAGAUUUUAUUGCCGUCCAACUCCGUGACAAUAAGAUGUUACUUAACAUAGAUCUGGGUUCUGGAAUAACGACCAGUCUUUCUGUUGGGAGCCUUCUUGACGACAAUAUGUGGCAUGACGUACAAAUUUUUCGAAACCGUCGCGACAUUUCAUUUUCCGUUGAUCGUGUUCUAGUCAAAGGAAGAAUUAAAGGCGAUUUUCAUCGUUUAGAUUUAAAUAGAGCGUUUUAUAUUGGAGGAGUUCCAAAUAAACAAGAAGGUCUAAUAGUAACCCAAAAUUUCACUGGCUGCAUUGAGAAUUUUUUGUUGAAUAAAACCAAUGUGAUGCGUGACCUCAAAGAAACUGAAGCCAUAGAAGGAAUUGGACCAAAUACACGUUUCCUAAAAAUUCAUACGACGUACUCGUGUCCCGAACCUCAAAUCGUGCCUGUUACUUUCGUAAAACCGGAUAGUUUUGCUAAAUUAGGAGGAUAUGAAGGUUCUACGACACUAAACGUGUCCCUGGCAUUCCGGUCUUAUGAAGAAAAAGGCCUGAUAAUGUUUCACAAGUUUAUAACAGAUGGAUUUGUUAAGCUGUUUUUAGAAAAUGGGCGUAUCAAGACACAAAUAAAGACAAAAGGAAACCCAGACGCUGUACUAGAUGAUUUUGAGGAAAAUUUCAAUGACGGUAAAUGGCAUCUAGUCAUAUUGACCGUUUCAAAAAAUAGUGUUGUAUUGACCAUCGACGGCAGGCCGAUGAGAACAAAACGACUGUUAGAUAUGUCAACUGGACCAACUUAUUUAAUCGGUGGUGGCCUCCUGGGACAGGGACGUGGUGAUGUCGGUUUCGUUGGCUGUAUGAGAAGUAUUACCAUCGACGGUACCACCAGACUCCCGACAAAUUGGAAAAAAGAACAUUACGAUGGUGAGCUAAUUUUCGACGCUUGUCAAAUGUUGGAUCGAUGUAAUCCAAACCCUUGCAAGCAUAACGGUAUUUGUACUCAAACUUCCCAUGAAUUCACUUGCGAUUGCGAGCAUACUGGUUACAUUGGUGCUGUUUGUCACUCACCCAAAUAUCUACUGUCAUGUGAAGCCUACAAAAACUUGAACUCCGGGGUCCAACAAAAAGAGACAAAGAUCGACGUAGACGGCAGCGGGCCCUUGGAUCCGUUUCCGGUCACCUGUCAAUUUUACCCCGACGGUGUAGUCAUGACUGUUAUAAGACACAGCAAUGAAUUAUCUACACCAGUCGAAGGGUACGAAGAACCCGGAAGUUUUCAGCAAGACAUUUCUUACGACGCUGAUUUCGAUCAAAUCGCGGCAGUGAUUAAUCGAUCGCUGUCUUGUCAUCAGCAUAUUAAUUAUGCUUGCAAACAUUCGCGUCUUUUUAAUACUCCAGUAAACUCAAAUGAUUUAUUCCGUCCAAAUUCCUGGUGGGUAAGUCGCAACAACCAAAAAAUGGAUUACUGGGGCGGCGCAUUACCUGGCUCACGUAAAUGUGAGUGCGGAGUACUGGGAAAUUGUAUUGAUCACACUAAAUGGUGCAACUGUGACGCUGGAUUUGAUAGUUGGAAUGAAGACGGAGGUGACAUUACGGAAAAAGAACAUUUGCCUGUACGACAAUUGAGGUUUGGUGACACAGGAACGGCUUUAGAUGAAAAAGAGGGCCGGUAUACUUUGGGACCACUUAUUUGUAGAGAUGACGAUCUUUUCCAAAAUGUCGUGACUUUCCGUAAAGCCGAUGCGACUAUCGACCUCCCAACUUUCGACAUGGGCCACAACGGCGACAUCUACUUCGAGUUCAAAACAACAGUAGAAAACGCGGUUAUAAUCCACAGCAUAGGUCCCUCUGACAACAUACAAAUUUCCAUAAAUUCCGGCAAACAAAUUGUGUUUCAAUACAAAGCCGGUGACGGUCCUCUGAGUGUCAGUGUCCAGACCUCCAACCCUCUCAACGACAACAACUGGCACACAGUAUCCGUCGAACGUAACCGCAAAGAAGCGAGAAUUACCCUUGACGGACUUGCAAAUCAGAUCCGUGAGCCCGCAGGUCCCGUCCGCGCUCUUCAUCUCACCUCUAAAUUAGUCGUCGGUGCCACGACCAAAUACCGCGACGGUUACGUCGGAUGCAUCCGCGCUUUGCUGCUCAACGGAAAGCUCCAAGAUCUUCGCUCAUACGCUAAACGCGGGAUUUACGGUAUCCACGAGGGCUGCGUCGGUAAAUGCGAGAGCAACCCCUGCCUUAAUAACGGCACGUGUAUCGAACACUACGACAGCUACGACUGUAAUUGCCGGUUCUCAGCCUUCAAAGGCCCAAUAUGUGCUGACGAGAUCGGGGUUAACUUAUCCCCCAGCUCAUUAGUCCGUUACAACUUUACCGGCAGUUGGCGGUCGACUCUGUCGGAAAAUAUUAGGGUUGGAUUCGUUACCGUCGACCCCCGUGGGUUCAUCCUGGGCCUGUUUUCAAACACCACCGGUGAAUAUAUGACCAUCUCGAUCUCCAACAGUGGGAAACUCAGGAUAAUAUUCGACUUCGGGUUUGAACGUCAGGAGUUUAUUUACGGAGAGAAAAACUUCCAUAGAGGGCAGUAUCAUGACGUGAGGGUACAGAGGAAGAAUUCGGGCGCCACUAUGGUAGUGACAGUUGACGGUAACGAGCCGAUGGAGCAACACUACAACAUAAAAGCUUCAGCAGACGCUCAGUUCAAUAACAUCGAGUACAUGUACAUUGGAAGGAAUGAGUCGAUGAACGAGGGCUUUGUGGGAUGCGUGUCCAGGGUACAGUUUGAUGACAUCUUUCCUCUGAAGCUUUUGUUCCAGCAAAAGGUGCCGGAUAACGUUAGAUCGAUACCUGCGGAAAUAACGGAAAACUUCUGUGGAGUUGAGCCGAUAACCCAUCCUCCGAAUAUUGUUGAGACGAGACCGCCACCUAUUGUAGAUCAGGAGAAAGUCAGGGCUGCCUAUAAUGAGACAGAUACGGCUAUUUUAGGAAGUAUACUGACGGUGAUUGUAAUUGCGCUUAUUAUAAUGGCGGUGUUGAUUGGAAGGUACAUGUCGAGGCACAAGGGAGAGUAUUUGACGCAAGAGGAUAAGGGGGCGGAGCUUGCGUUGGAUCCGGACAGCGCGGUCGUUCAUUCGGCGACGGGGCAUCAGGUGCAGAAGAAGAAGGAGUGGUUCAUUUAGGGAGGGGAGGAGUAGAGCUUAAGGCGAUUGUGCUUUUAUUUUUUGAAAGAUGGAUGGAAUUUUUGGUUUGUUUUUUAGGUGAGAAGAAGACGGUCACGAAUUUCGAAGAGCUUUUGUGAAAGCUUUUAAGUCGCAAGCUCAGAGCUUUUGGGUGCAUCUAGAGAUUGGGGAGGGUUAGAAAAAUUUUGAUUAAAAGUUGAAGGGGUAAAGUCAUUUUUUGAAAGCUCUGAGCUUUUCGUAUCGGGUGGAAAUUUUCUAUAAGCUCAAUUAUAAAACUGCUGGGUCUAAGUUCAUUUCAAUUUCGAGUUACGUGGCAUAAAAUCAGAGCUUGCAGGUUUUGAGUAUCAUUUUUAAAAUCUCAGUUCGCAAUAAGCUUGAGCAAUUUUGCUGCAAGCUCUAGUUUUUUUUUAAGUCUUGAUAAAUACUUCACAAAACUAUUUACAUGCAAGCUCUCUAUGAGCUUUUUUUACGACAGCUCCGACCGGAAAUCUUUAUUUAAUAAAUAUUAGGCUUAAAAACGAAGCUUCGAAUAAUAUUCAUCUCAUUAAAAGCACGAGCUUGCAACAAACUGAUCAAAUUUUCUCGCAAGCUCGGGCUUCUUCGUAAUCUAUUAUUGAAUUCCCGCCGAAAUCAAGGCUUGAAAGCUCCCCUACGAACUUUUUUUGUAAAAAAAAGCUCAGCGAGCUAUUUUAAAUUGUUUCAAGUCGUACAAAUACUCUUUUUUUAAGAGCUCAGAAUUUCUAUGAGCUUUCAAAUCUUGGCCCAAUUUUCCACGGCACAGUCCCGAAGAUGUAAUCUCAUAUCAAAAAAACUUUCACAAAAGCUCUAACAAUAUUUCUAGUUUAUAAUUUAAAAAAUAACAAAGGCCUCUUUGUAUUUACGUACAAAAAAAUUGUUUGAGUUUGAUAUUAUUUUUAUUUUUAUUUCUUAUAUUUUUUGUUAACAGUAUUAGAAGUAAUUUUAACCGUCCAGCGAUGAUGAUUUCGUUUUUAUUUCUC